AUGACAUCAAAUCAUCUAAGAACAACAUGGUCCCUGAUCGACGAAAUCAGUGGAAAACGCACAAGCUACAGCACAUCAAAAAUCAAACGAAAAGAUGGUACAAAAAUUAACUCAACCAAUGAACUUAUGCAUGAAUGGAAAACAUAUUUCGAAGAACUACUUAACGUCAAAACAAACAUCAAUCUAAACACUCAAGCAAUACCACCAGCUCCUGAAGACCUACCAAUCAACCAAGGUCCAAUAACAAUCAACGAAGUGGAACAAGCAAUAAAACAAUUAAAAGACGGAAAAUCUCCUGGAAUUGACUAUUCAAUAACACCUGAAGUUCUGAAAUAUGGUGGUAGAUGGAUUAUGAAUCAACUUUGUAAUAUAUGCAAUGAAAUCUACAACAAUCAACAAACACCAAAACAACUCAACACCAACAUCAUAAUACCAAUACCAAAAAAAGGCGACAAAACGCUUACGACGAACUACAGAGGCAUCAGUCUUAUGUCAGUAGCAGCUAAAACCUAUAACCGAAUCCUGUUAAACAGAAUAAGAGAACCACUUGACUCGAUUCUAAGGGUAAACCAGGCAGGUUUCAGGAAAGGACGAAGCUGCAUUGAUCAGAUUCAUGUCAUACGUAGAAUUCUAGAAAGCGCAAUCGAUAAACAACUUCCAAUCUACAUAACUUUCGUAGACUUUAAAAAAGCCUUCGACUCAAUCAAUAGAAAAACAAUGUUCAACAUCUUAAGGCAUUAUGGGGUGCCUACUAAAAUAGUAUGUGCAAUCGAAGCCAUAUAUCAUAAUACCAAAAGUAUAGUUCUCGUAGACGGCAACGUCUCUGAAGAAUUCGACGUAACGACAGGUGUUCUCCAAGGAGACACCUUAGCACCAUUCCUUUUCAUAAUAGUGAUCGACUACGUAAUGAAAAAUGCUCAAUUAGAUCACACAAACGAAAAGGGAGAACAUGGCUUCGUAACAAACAAGAGACAAUCCAGUCGACAACCACCAACAUGUAUACAUGACCUUGACUUCGCCGACGACAUAGCUCUCCUGGAAAAUAGUUUUGAUAGAGCACAAUCACAGCUCGUUCAAACAGCGAAGAGGGCUAGCGAAGUGGGUCUACAAAUCAACAUCAAGAAAACUCAAGCAUUAACCAACCAAAACACAAACAAUCAAACAAUGCAACUUGAUGGACAGAACAUUAAAUGGGUCGACAACUUCAAAUACCUCGGUUCAAUGAUGUUAUCUACCACCACAGACAUCAAAGUACGAAAAAGCCAAGCGUGGAAAGCCUUUUGGAAAUUGAAAAACACAUGGAAAUCAACAACAAUACCAAUCAAACUCAAAAUUAAUAUAUUCAAAACUUCAUGCCUUUCAAUACUAUUAUAUGGAUGUGAAAGUUGGAUAAUCACAAACAAGCUCGAGAAUACCUUAAACAGUUUCGCUACUAGCUGUUAUAGGGUAAUGCUCGGCAUCAAACGAAUCGACAAAAUUAAAAACAACAUCAUAUACGAAACAAUCAAAGAAGAACCUUUAAUACAAACAAUACAACGACGACAACUACGCUUCAUUGGACACUGUCUUCGCCGUAAUACAAACGAAUUUAUUAACACGUAUGCUCUGUAUACACCAAAAUCUGGCCAUGGAACACGAAAACGUGGUCGCCCACGUUUAAACCAUCCUGAUUACGUCGCAAGACUGAUCAACAACGACACACCACCAACCAUCGAAGAAAUCCGGAAGACUGCUGUCAAUAGGGAAGAAUGGCGUAAGAUUGUUGUCGCCUGCAAACCCAGGUUAUUUGCAGUCGAAUGAUGAUGAUGAAUUUCUCGUUAAAAAACUUCUUUUGACCUGAUUAUGUUUAAUGUAU